GUGUUUUUGUGGCGAACCAAUUUUGACGUUUGCUCGGAUGAUGCCACUGCAAAAGAUUCCACUUCGCGCGCUAAUGGACAUCGUGCCAGUGAGGAUUGUUCACGUCGUUUGGGGUCUUCGCGUUUGUCCAAAAAAGCAAGCCUGGUAGUCGAACCAUCCGCCCUGGUGGAUUGCACGGACGGAUCUCUGAAUAAUUUUCAACAUCCAGGGAGUGCUGGAGAUCAGCGCUCUGCUCAGGUUGGUGCAGAUGUCCCUGCAACAGCCUCCGUCCAGUGCCAUCAUCAACCACCGCGGGUGACCGGCGUUUCGGCACCCAGUUUCUUGCCGCUAUCAUCCACCGGUAACGUGCCAGAAAACACGGCUAAUAUAUCUGAGCAAAUGUCGAACGAUCGCCAGAACAUUCCUCCUCCUUUAACGACCACAUUGGAACACAUCCUUUCACAGUUGGAUAUUCUUACACAGACUGUCUCUAUCCUGGAACAGCGACUCACUCUGAUGGAGAAUCGUGCAAAACCGAAAACGUGA